AUGACUCGUAACGACGCUCGCUUCAGCACCUACUCGGGGGCGCCGUCGCUACAACCGUCGUUAGCUGCCACGGUCGAUACCAGCCCCAAUCGCUCGUCCACUCACCAGUACAACUCGCGCUACAGCGAGCAGGCCUUCCUAGCUGCACCCACGAUCAUGGAGAAGGGCGCAGGCAACAUCUACGGCACGUCGAAUCCCACCGCCAUGAACAACAGCUCCCUGUCUCUCCCAGCCAACGAUCCCAAGACAGCCGACCUUCGCUCCUUCGCCACUGUCCUUGACCGCAUGAACGACGAGCGCGUCGAUAGACAGCGGUUCGUUAUGAGUAGCAACAAGAUCGAGGAAGUCAGCAAGAUCGCACUGGGUGCAAAAGUCGACCGCGCGUUGUCGAGGAGAAUGGUCGGCCAGGACGCCGUCUUUCGGCCCAAGAAGGCGCUCACAGAGAAGCGUAGCCUGGCCGUGGAGGCGAAUUGA